AAACAAAACUGAAACCAUAGGAGAAAGAAACAUCAAGAGAGUCACAGAAAACCAACCUUGCAUGCCAAGUCCUAAUUUCAUUCUUUGUUAACUUCUUUCCCUUCUAUCCACUCCUCUCUAUCUUCUUACUAUCUUACUUACCACAACAAAUUGUUUCACUUUCAUUCGCGUCCAAAACUUGAGCAUGAAACCCUACACAUCAUCACCAUCGUCCUCCAGGUCCAAAAAGAAGCAAACAACAACACAACAAGAUCAUGAAACAGCAUGGGGAGGAAGGUACCUUGGGGUGAGGAGGAGGCCAUGGGGAAGGUAUGCAGCUGAAAUCCGUGACCCUUCCACCAAGGAAAGACAUUGGUUAGGCACGUUUGAUACCGCAGAAGAGGCCGCCCUAGCAUACGAUAGGGCGGCCCGCUCCAUGCGGGGCUCACGUGCUCGAACCAACUUUGUCUAUCCGGACACUCCUCCGGGUUCCUCCGUCACCUCCAUCCUUUCUCCGGACGAGCAAACCCAAACCCAAAUCCACCAGGCCCAAGAAGAGCUCUCCUCUCUAUUCAAUCCGAACCCGUUUGCACAACCCGACCCAAACCCGCAUUUUUCCUUAUGCGGGUAUUCGGGUGUCACGAACACUCCUACAUUUUCUGCCACCGAAGAAAUUGCCCCAUCCGGUGGCUAUAGCUAUAAUUAUGGAUACACUGAAGGAGGACCCAGCAUGGAGAGUUCACAUUUUAAGCUCUUUGACGAUGGUGAAACGGAGCUUCCACCAUUGCCACCGGAUAUCACAAGCUCCAUGGGCUAUGAAAUGGGUAAUGGGUUUUAUGGAAACGAUGCCGGGUUUUCGGAUCCAAGUUUCGGCGCUAAUGCUACCGGGUCAGGUUACCCAUAUUCGGGAUUUGGAUCCGGUGAUUACGUGGUGCAUAGUCCACUCUUUGGCGCAAUGCCACCAGUGUCAGAUAAUGUUUCAACGGGCCGUGAGGGUUUUGAUUUGGCAAGCUCUUCUUUUUUCUUCUGAAGUUAAGAAUGAGGGAACGUGCAUUGCGGAUUUGGAAUUCGCAUGCUGCAAUUUCGUGGUUAAUUUGUGUGUUUUGUGAGUGUGACUUUGUGCUUAUUAUGUGUUUUCUGAGGAAGGUGUUCUUGGGCUUUGGGGAGUAGAGGCUUGUAAUGGGGCCCUCUCUUACGGGCCUUUUUCUUUGCAAUGUUGACUUCUUUUCCGUAA